CGUGUCCAAACAACAUCGUGAAGAAGAUAUUGUCUUUCUUCCUAUAUAAACUCACCGCCUGCUAUCAUCCACAUCUCUUCAUUCAGCCGGACCUUUCGCUGAGGUCCCUUUAAAGAAUCUUGUAGGUUCCAAAACCAAUUUGUUCUUCUGUUCAUCUUAACUCGACUCCUGUGAUUCAGGUGAUUUGAUUAUAAUCAUGGCGGGGGCUCUGGUUCAAUCCACCAGCUUUCCUUCAACGGUUGCUGGAGAUCGUAAGGUCCGUUCGAAGAGAUCUGGUAAUACAAAAGGAGAAAUCAAGAUGAUGUAUAGCGUACAAACUCCUCACAUGAGUGUAAGGUCUUUCUCUGGUUUGAGAGGAACCAAUGCUUUAGACAACUUGGUAAAAAGGGGUCAAGAUUUCCAUUCAAAGGUUGCAGCUGCCACCUCUGUUCGGAAAGCAAAGCCUUCUCGAAUUGUGCCAAAAGCCAUGUUUGAGCGCUUCACUGAGAAAGCUAUCAAAGUUAUUAUGCUUGCACAAGAGGAGGCUAGACGACUUGGUCACAACUUUGUGGGAACUGAGCAGAUCUUAUUAGGUCUUAUUGGUGAGGGCACUGGUAUUGCUGCAAAGGUGUUGAAAUCAAUGGGGAUUAAUUUGAAAGAUGCUCGUGUUGAGGUAGAGAAGAUUAUCGGUAGAGGAAGUGGAUUUGUUGCUGUAGAAAUCCCAUUUACGCCUCGUGCAAAGCGUGUUUUGGAGCUUUCAUUGGAGGAGGCGCGUCAACUUGGGCAUAAUUAUAUUGGAUCUGAGCACUUGCUUCUUGGUUUGCUUCGUGAGGGUGAAGGAGUAGCAGCUCGUGUUCUUGAGAAUUUAGGUGCAGACCCGAAUAACAUUCGCACACAGGUUAUCAGAAUGGUUGGUGAGAGUGCAGAAGCUGUGGGUGCUGGAGUUGGUGGUGGGAGCUCCAACAACAAGAUGCCGACACUUGAGGAAUAUGGCACCAACUUGACAAAACUAGCAGAGGAGGGUAAGUUGGAUCCUGUUGUGGGAAGACAACCACAAAUCGAAAGAGUUACACAGAUUUUGGGCAGGCGUACUAAAAACAAUCCCUGUCUUAUUGGAGAACCUGGUGUUGGGAAAACAGCUAUUGCAGAAGGCCUUGCCCAAAGAAUUGCAAAUGGUGAUGUUCCAGAAACAAUAGAGGGGAAGAAGGUGAUAACUCUAGACAUGGGUCUUCUUGUGGCUGGAACAAAGUAUCGUGGGGAGUUUGAGGAGAGAUUAAAGAAGUUAAUGGAGGAAAUUAAACAAAGUGAUGAAAUUAUUCUAUUUAUCGAUGAGGUUCAUACACUAAUUGGAGCUGGAGCAGCAGAGGGGGCUAUUGAUGCUGCUAACAUUUUGAAGCCUGCUCUUGCUAGAGGUGAAUUGCAGUGUAUUGGUGCAACAACACUUGAUGAAUACCGGAAGCAUAUUGAGAAGGACCCUGCAUUGGAGAGACGAUUCCAGCCAGUAAAGGUACCAGAGCCAACAGUUGAUGAAACAAUUCAGAUCUUAAAGGGUCUUCGUGAGCGAUAUGAGAUCCACCAUAAGCUUCGCUACACCGAUGAAGCAUUAGUUGCUGCUGCACAGUUAUCAUAUCAGUACAUAAGUGAUCGUUUUCUUCCCGAUAAAGCAAUUGAUUUGGUCGAUGAAGCCGGGUCUCGUGUUCGUCUACGUCACGCACAACUCCCAGAGGAAGCCCGAGAGCUUGAGAAAGAGCUUAGACAGAUAACCAAAGAAAAGAAUGAAGCAGUUCGUGGCCAAGAUUUUGAGAAGGCCGGGGAGUUGCGGGAUAGAGAAAUGGAUCUCAAGACCCAAAUAUCAGCACUCGUGGAUAAAAACAAAGAGAUGAGCAAAGCAGAAACCGAAGCAGGGGAGGAAGGCCCAAUUGUAACAGAGGUCGACAUUCAGCACAUCGUAUCUUCCUGGACCGGCAUCCCAGUGGACAAAGUCUCAACCGACGAAUCCGAACGCCUCCUCAAAAUGGAAGAAACCCUUCACAAAAGAAUCAUCGGUCAAGACGAAGCAGUCGUAGCCAUAAGCCGAGCCAUCCGCCGAGCCCGUGUCGGUCUAAAAAACCCCAACCGCCCCAUCGCCAGUUUCAUCUUCUCGGGUCCCACGGGUGUCGGUAAAUCCGAACUCGCUAAAGCCUUAGCCGCAUACUACUUCGGCUCAGAAGAAGCCAUGAUUCGUCUCGACAUGAGUGAGUUCAUGGAACGCCACACCGUCUCAAAGCUCAUCGGUUCACCGCCCGGUUACGUUGGCUACACCGAAGGCGGUCAGUUAACCGAAGCGGUUCGCCGCCGCCCCUACACCGUCGUCCUCUUCGACGAAAUCGAAAAAGCGCAUCCCGAUGUCUUCAACAUGAUGCUUCAGAUCCUCGAAGACGGACGUUUGACCGAUAGCAAAGGCCGGACAGUUGACUUUAAAAACACGCUUUUGAUCAUGACUUCAAAUGUCGGAAGUAGUGUGAUUGAAAAGGGAGGGAGAAGAAUCGGGUUUGACCUUGACUAUGAUGAAAAGGAUAGCAGUUACAACAGAAUCAAAAGUUUGGUCACCGAGGAGCUAAAACAGUAUUUCCGACCCGAGUUUUUGAACAGGUUAGACGAAAUGAUUGUUUUCAGGCAACUAACGAAGCUCGAAGUGAAGGAAAUUGCGGAUAUAAUGUUGAAGGAAGUUUUCGAGAGGCUAAAAGUGAAGGAAAUUGAGCUUCAGGUGACUGAAAGGUUUAGAGACAGGGUGGUUGAGGAAGGAUAUAAUCCGAGUUAUGGUGCGAGACCCUUAAGGAGAGCUAUCAUGAGGCUACUGGAAGACAGCAUGGCCGAGAAGAUGUUGGCACGGGAAAUCAAGGAAGGUGAUUCGGUCAUUGUGGAUGUUGAUUCCGAUGGUAAUGUGACGGUUCUUAAUGGCGGCACCGGAGCGGCUCCACCACCGGAGGCUUUGCCGGAGGCGAUUGGAGUGUAGAGUGUAGACUCGAGACUCCCCGGAGAUAUGUUGUUUGUUUGUGUAUUGUUAUAUGGUGUGAUUAAAUAUCUCACACGAUGAAUUUGCAUAUCCGUUGGUUGGAUCAGAUGUGAUACAGUUUUAGAUUAUAUUCAGAAUUUUUAUGUUGUUUUAGUAAUAAAAAGACGUGUUAAAGGA